CUUUUGUGGGCGAAAAGAUGCAUGAUUUUAUUUAUCUUUUCACCCCUGAUUUUCGUUAUCCUUCUUUAGGAUCCUUCUACUUUCCGAAUUUACGACUUUUCAUUUCUCCUUUUCUUCCUUUCUGUUGCCACCGAAGGUGUAACGACAGUGAUAUUGAUCUCCCGACACCCCACCCUUUGUACAUAUUCCGCAGACCCAUCCUUCUUUCACCAUCUACUCCUUGGGAUGCACUCGGCGCUGUUAAAACACCCUCCGGAAUGACCAUUGCUGCUCCACACUCUGAUUUUCGGUACCUGUCCUUCUUCUCUAUCAACCGCACAGCCUCCGCAAUCAACACCCUGCAGUCAGGAUGCCCACCAUCACCCAGCAAACCAAUAGAUCGAUGGACGCUCUUGCAAGACCGAGAAUGCGAUCUGGAGUAUUAUGAGACCUACUUUCGUAAUAAGACUCAUUACAAUUACGUGGCUGCAGCAUCUGUCCAAGGACCUGUCAUCGUGUCCAUUGUAAUCGAUCAGAAGGAUUGCAUCAGGAUCCUUAUCAGAACGGCCCAGGGCAGCAAAAGAAUCGACCACCCAAUGUCGGCAUUAUCAAUUCCCUGGUACAGAAAAGCCUUUGGCAUUUCUUACUCUUGGAUUCUAAGCCAGACCUGCCCAGCGUUACCGAUUCAGCAGUUAGGGCUAUGCCAGCAUCCGGAACUGCCUCGAGAGCUAGUGCGGAUGGAGGAGCGGCAGGUUAUCCGGUGCUACAAGUUUGGAAUCUACCAGCUGUUGCCUGGACAGACAUUGGAGCACCAAGGAUUGGCGAAUCCGUGCGAUGCAUGCACGCCAGAUUUUAUGGAUUUUGUUCAUUGGCUCGGAGAGCCGAUUCGACUUCAUGGCUGGAAGGAGUACAGAGCAGGGCUAGAUGUCAAUGGUGAUAUCACUGGAGAAAAAUCCAUUUUCACAAAGUGGAACGACUACCAAAUCAUGUUCCACUGUGCGCCUUUUAUGCCGUUCAAUCCUAACGACCAUCAGCAAGUCGAGCGCCGCCGGUUUAUCGGAAACGAUAUCGUCGUCAUCGUCUUCAAGGAGAGCGAUGACGAAGAGCAGUUUGACUUAAGUAGUGUUGGGUCCCGUCAAAACCACAUCGUCUGUAUUGUACGGCCUAUCCCAAGCGGCACGUCCUUAAAACCUCAAUCCUACCGUGUUGCCAUCGCUGUUAAGAAUGGCAUUCGCAACUUCCCGCCGCUUGAUUUUCCAGCUGUUCUUCAACGAGACGCGGCAUCGCGGGAUCUACUGCUGCUAAAAUUGAUUUGCGGAGAGCGAGCAGCAUACAAGGCCGAGGCGUUUGCAACACAGCUCGUGCGCACAAGAGAGGCGUUGUUACGGGACGUUAUCGAGACACAUCGCUGAGAUGAAGACGCGGAUUGCGCGAGAAGACAGGGUUUGACUCGCAACAUGAGUAGCCUCUGAUGGAUGACACCGAGCAGAAAUUGACAACCUGUGGACCUUACUGGUGAAAGGCCGAUUGUUCUCUUUAGAGUGGAGGGCCUUAAAUUUUUCUCAUUGUACCCGCACUAGUGUCUUCAAGCAUCGCAUACCUAUCCUUUUAAUUGCAAACUGUGCAUGAACUUUGCCUCCACAAAGGACGGGUUAGGUCUUUCGUCUGUCCUGGCGACCUUGACGCGUACACGCUUGGACACCAAAGCUUGUUCACACUCCAGUGUCUGCUUUUGCAGGUGUGGAGAGAUUUUGUUACUUUAUAUACACAUGCAUAUAGACAGGUUCGUCCUGAUGUGGAGCAGAACGAUUGGGGAGAUCCCGGAGAUUAAUAAUGUAAUAUAAUUCGCAUAGAUACGAAAGACUAGCCUCGUGUGG